AUGAAUCGGUGCUAUUUAUCAGUUCGUUUAUUAAAUGUUUAUUCACAUUAUUAUCAUCAUCACCAUUCUCGUUCGCUAACAACAUCAUCUCGUCUAUAUUUUAUAAGAACAUUAUUUGAUCAUACUAAAGAGAUAGUAAAAACUGGUAAAAAAUAUAAAGAAAAAAAAGUUGAUUUAGUAAAAUUAUCUGAACAACAAUAUGAACAAUUGACACCAAUAUUAAAAUUACAAACAGCAUUUCGUUCAGUAAAUUUUAUUCUCGGUUUAAUGGGUAUUUUUGGUAUUAUAUCAUAUUUUUAUAUUCGACAAAAAAAAGCAAAAGUUGAAAAAGAAAUUGAAACAGAAUUUAAACCAAUUUGGUUAAAUUUAAAAAAUUUUAAAGAAAAAGCUGCAUAUAUUUAUGAUUAUUUAUUUCCCGAACAAAUUAUAUCAAAAUUUAAAGAAUUAACACGUUUUCAAUUUGAUAAAAAUGAUAUUAUAUGUUCAGCAUUUCCAAAAUCAGGUAUAACGUUAAUUCAAGAAAUUGUUUAUUUGAUUCAAUCCGAUUUUAAUUAUGAACAAGCAAAACAAAAAGAUAUUUCAGAUCGAUUUUCAUUUCUGGAAUGGCCAUCGGUUUCAUUGAAAGAAUUGAAUAAUGAACGAGAAAAAUAUCCGGAAAAAAUACGCCUAAUGAAAACACAUUUACCACCGAUUGUCUUUAAUGAUACGUUUAAAAAAGCUAAGAUAAUUUAUAUCUAUCGUAAUCCAAAAGAUGUAUGUGUAUCACUGUACCAUUUUUUGAAAUCCAUUAAUGUCGAUAUUGGUUAUACGGGAAAAUUUUAUGAAUUUCAUGAAUCAUUUCUAAUCGAUGAACUUUAUUAUGCGCCAUGGUGGCGUCAUGUCAACGAUUAUUAUUCUCUAAAAGAGUCAAUAUUUAUUGUAUCAUAUGAAGAACUACUAAAAAAUUUUCAGCCAACUAUUCGUCGUCUCGCCGCUUAUUUAGGUAAAUCAAUUACUACCGAACAAUUAGAUAAAUUAGAACAAUGGUGUUCAUUUGAAUCAAUGAAAACUAAUUCAAAAGUCAACUAUGAUUGGUUUAAAGAUUAUGGAUUUGUUAAAAAAGAUUUUUCAUUCAUGAGAAAAGGUCAAAUUGGUGAUUGGUUAAACUAUUUUGAUAUUAAUACAUCAAAAAAAUUUGAUGAAAUGGUUAGGAAAAAAGUGAACAAUGAAAUACAAUUUGAUUAUGGUAUAACAUCAGCAGAACAAGAUAAAAUGUAUGACAUAUACAAUAAAAAAGUACAACAAAGAGAACAAGUUGUGACGUAA